UGUGUUUAUAGUAUUCUUCUUUCACGGGAUACUAAUCAUUCUUUUCUUUUUUAGUUUCCAAUUCUUGUUUGUAUAAUUGCUCAAUAUGUCUAGAAGGGAACAUUUGUGAUAUAAGUGCUUUCAGACAUCCGACUUAAAUUAAGUUACAUUACUCUCGGUAAUAUGUCAGCCAGUAACUUCUUCUCCUUUCAAUUUGUUUGAGAGGAGCUGGUUUGCAACCGAUGAUGUAUCUUUGAGGCAGUAGUGCGAGUUCAGUUUCCUGAUUAAUUUCAAACUCAGGUCUAUUGGAGGCAUAUUUCUCAAUUCACAUUUGAUAUUUUUUUGUGGUACUUUUUAGUCAUAGUUUUCUUUUUAAAAUACCAUUUAACUACAUUUAAUAUCUUUAAUUGUUUUGAUUGCUGCAUUAGUUGAUACACACUAGUGAUGAUUGGUGUUAUUUGAUACCCUCAUUCAAAGUACCCAAAUCAAACAGAGGUUUUGCAGGACAUGUAUUUGAGUCACAUGGGCAGGUUUCAUUCGGGUUUGUGCUUGUUAAUGGUAUAAGACCAAAUAGUGGCCCUCAUCACUAGCAGCCUAAUCAAUAUAUUAGGACGUCUGGAUGGACAUGUUUAUAGUUCCAUAUGGUUCACAGUCUGGUUUUUCUCCUUUUCGUUCUAAGAGUUAUCGGUCCUAGAUUUAUUGUGAGGAUUUGUGCACUGUAAACUAUAAUGAGCCAUGCACAUAUAUAUGAACCUCACACGUGUUCUUCUAUUUUAUCACUACAUUUGGACUCUUACAUUUCAUGGAAUAUAUUACUUAUUAUUCCUUGUACAUGCCAUCUAACUGGAGGAAGAAAAGAAUACAUUUCCAUGAUUUUAUGUUGAAUGUCCACAGCCGUUUACAGAUGCAUAAAGGGGUUGCAAAUCCACUUGAAGUUGUUGCAGGGGAAAUAUCAGAUGAGUCUAUUCUUUUAUGUCUCGACGAAUUCAUGGUAUGUUAGAAAUUCAGGGGUGAAUGAUGUUGCUGAUGCUUUGAUAUUAAAUUGUCGCUUUGGACAUCUUUUCAGCGAAGGAGUUGUUCUGGACUCCACUUCAAAUCGUGCACCAGAUAACCUUUAUGAAGGUGGUCUACAGAGGGAUCUAUUUUUACAAUUUAUUGCAACCCUAAAGGACAGGUGUAUUGCUCAUGCAAUUGGUUCUUCCACUGAUUACCGGAAAAUGACUAAUGCUGAACAAGGUUUCUAUCUUAUUGGACAUAAGUACUCUGGAUUUCUUAAACAGAAGUUUCAGCAGAUAAUUGGGGAAGGAACUCCUUUUCCACAAGUUGUGGAAGUUGUUAUGGGAAGACAACUGCAGGUUCCGUUAGGGGCUAAUGGAUGUGCAUAUUUUCCCUUUGAGGAACUAUGUGACAGACCUUUGUUGGCAGCAGAUUAUUUUGGUUUGUUUAGUAAGUCAUUCAUCUGACUUGUGAUUGAACUUUUAAAUUUCAC